UCCCAUUCUUAUUGAUGAUUAUUAAUUAUUAUUAAUAUUUUCAGCACUAAUCAAUAGAAUAAUGAAGACAUUGCUGGUGGUCCUUGUUCUUGUUCUGGCGUUGAACUACGGAUCUGCACUGAAGUGCAACCAAUGCGUUCCUCAGGGUGGAACACGCUGCACACCAACUCAAGAGACCUGUGGCUUUGGAAAAGAUGCUUGUAUCGCGGCCAGAUUCAACUUCCCUCCCUUCAUGGGCUUUCGGAGAUGCAGCAGUAUGACAGAGUGUCUUAUUCUUCAGAGUAACACCGCCAUGAAAGUUAAAUGCUGCCAUUCGGACCUCUGCAAUAACAUGGUCAUCAUUUAGACCAGCGUCUGUAAAACUAAUAAAGCUAAUAAACCUUUCGAGGUUUACAAUAUUACAGAUGUUCACUACAGUCUUACUUAAAGAUUUUGCCCAACAAUAAAU